GUUGAUCUUACUAUGUGUCAAAGGGUUUGGAGAACAUUGUUUAAAGAAGCAUUUUCCUGAUUGAUGAAAAAAUAACUCAGUUAUGGUCAUCUACCCCCGUAGGUGAUACGGUGUGUUAUGUAGUACUUAAUAAAAAUAUAAUGAAGAAGAAAGCAAGCAAGCAUUCAGCCGGCUGUUUGGGGCGACGGACUUUCCAUCCCAGAACCACGGCCCAAUUUAUCCGUAACCUUGUGGAGAAGACCCCGGUGCUGGUGAACGCUGCUGUGACUUAUUCGAAGCCUCAGUUGGCCACAUUUCGGUACUACGCCAAGGUUGAGCUGAUUCCUCCCACCCCUGCUGAGACCCCUAGAGAUAUUCAGAGCCUGAAAGAAAUAGUCAAGAGUGCUCAGACUGGUAGCUUCAAACAACUCACAGUUGAGGGAGCUGCGCUGAAUGGUUUGGUGACCACUGAGGUGCUGAUGUGGCUUUAUGUCAGAGAGAUCAUAGGCAAGCGUGGCAUCAUUGGCUAUGAUGGUGCCCGGGGCUUCCGAGGAGGAGUCAGUGGGCUCAGCAUGGAGAAGGUGGUAGCCGGAAAGAAUUGCGAGGAAGAUGCAGGCAGGCUGGAAAGGCUGGGGAUCCCCCGGUACCUGCACAUCUGGGAGGGUCCCCAGCUGAUGAGUGGGCGCCUGGGGGGCGAGCGCAGGCUGACCUGCCCGGGCGCUCAUCUGGUGGCGGCGGCGGCGUACCAAGCCUUCCUGGGUCCCCCUUUCCGCACCACGCCCUGGGGGGGGUAG